AUGGGAAUGCUCAACUUUUACGUCAUUUGGUCCCUGAGUGACGCACCACGACAGUUUAGCAGCAAAUCAAACCGCAAGUGCUUCCACGUCCACGUCCCGCUGCCUUUGCCUAAUCAGCUAGUAAUCUUCGGUAUUGGCGAGUGGGCCGGCGACGAGACCGCCAUCUCCGCGGAGGUCGUAGUCGGCCCUGAUGUGAGGCCUCAGAACAUUGGCACGCUCACCUCUCGAGCCAGGUGUUUGACCUUUGAGGGUGGUUGGAGUCCUGAUAUCGAGGCAGUAUCAGCGCACAGAGGCAGGAGAGGAGUUCAUGGCAAGAUCGUGCUCACAGUGUGUGGACAGGUGCUUGAUAUCUUUUGGUAUAUUUCAGUGAAGGCCAGCAAAUUGCAGGACCAAAGAAGCAUCCUAAGCAGCAGCAUUCCACAGAUACCGAGGAAAUGUCUCUUCCCAGAGCAGUUCAGCACCACAAAUCUCUCAUGCACUUCACUUCCAAAUAUCGCAGAGGGCACGGUAACCCUCAACUCUUCACAGUUUGGUGGCAGUGUUUGCUAUAGCGACAUCCAAGUGAAGAAAGUUGACAUAGAAAAAAAACUUUCACUUUGGCCGACGGAGCAGACCCCCAAACGAACUGUCAUUAGUAAGAUGGGUUUUUUAACAUGGCGUUCGGAGGAUAUGGACGAUCACUUUGAGGGCAAUGACCGAUCUUCAACUCCUAAGAAAAUGAGGCUGGCCAGGAUGAACAGCCAGGAGGAAAUGGCUGAACAGAUAAAGACGGCUGAUAGAGAAGUGUGUCCGUCAGAGCGAUGGAGCCACACCAUGUGCCUGAGCGACCCCGGCACUGCCAUUCUCAUCGGUGGAGAAACGUCACAUCAAACCUGCAAGGACUCUUUGUGGAAGCUGGAGUUAGACAAUGAUUUUUGGUACCCAAUGUGCUCCUCCACAUGUGGACCUUCGCCUCCUUGCGCCAGAGGACACUCCGUAACCUACGACCCGGAAUCUAAUACAAUCUUGGUUUACGGCGGCCUGAGGGAGGGCCAGCGCUUCUGCGAGCUAUACAUCCUUAAUACUCUGACCUGGAAGUGGAAGCUUGUCACAGCAAAAGGGAACGUUCCUUCCUUGGCGUAUCACUCUGCCGCUUUUUAUAAGAAGGAGCUUUUUGUCUUUGGUGGGAUUCAUCCCAGUCAGUCCUCUGAGGAAAAGGUGUGCAGUAAUGCUCUGUACAUCUUCAAUCCAGAAUUUCAACUCUGGUAUAAGCCAAUAGUGGAAGGGGACAAACCACUGCCUCGCUUUGGCCACUCUGCCACACUUCUAUCACAUAAGUUGAUCAUAUUUGGCGGUCGAAAAACUGCCACAUACCUAAAUGACCUUCACAUCCUCGACCUGGGAUUGAUGGAGUACACAGCUGUGAAGAGCGGGAACAUGCCACCACUGCCUCGAGGGUUUCACGCUGCGCUGCCGGUUUCAGACAACAAGAUUUUAGUGAGCGGGGGCUGCAGUGCAAUAGGAGCCUUGCAGGAUGUACAUGUAUUUAAUACUGACACUAACAUGUGGAGCUCAGUGACAUCGUCUAAAUUGAGUGCCAAGCCUCGCGCUGGACACAGCGUGAUAGAUUUAACCUCGUCGACAACCUUGGCAGACUCUCAAAGACGUGGGCGGGAUGAACUUGUCAAAGUCCAAUGCACACUGCUUGUGUUUGGCGGCUCAGACUGCUCUGGUACUUUUUACAAUGACACAAUCAAGUGCACUAUUGAGAUUCCUGUAUAA